GCGCAGUAGUGAUCCGCCCUGGCAGCACCCCCUUGGGGAUCCAUGUUUCUUUUGCAGAAAACACACCAUUUCAUUUACUGCUCAGACACUGGUUGGGCUGUGGGCGCCGAGGAGUCUGACUUUGAGGGCUGGGCCUUCCCUUUCCCGGGAGUGAUGGUGAUAGAGGAUUUUGUGACCCGGGAAGAAGAAGCUGAGAUGGUUCAUCUCAUGGACCGGGAGCCCUGGAAGCUGUCCCAGUCUGGACGGAGAAAACAGGACUACGGCCCCAAAGUCAACUUUCGGAAACAGAAGCUAAAGACUGCAGGCUUCCAAGGCCUUCCCAGUUUUAGCCGUGAGGUGGUACGGAGAAUGGGCCUCUAUCCUGGGCUGGAGGGCUUCCAGCCUGUUGAGCAGUGUAACCUGGACUAUUGCCCUGAGUGGGGCUCUGCCAUUGACCCCCACUUGGAUGACACCUGGCUGUGGGGGGAGCGGCUGGUGAGCCUCAACCUCCUGUCCCCAACUGUGCUAUCCAUGUGCCGCAAGGCGCCCGGCAGCCUCCUGCUCUGCUCAGCCCCAUCGGCUGCCCCAGAGGUCUUGGUGGACAGUGUGAUAGCCCCCAGCAGGUCUGUGCUGUGCCAGGAGGUAGAAGUGGCUAUCUCCUUACCUCGCCGCUCCCUGCUGGUGCUAACAGGAGCUGCUCGGCACCAGUGGAAGCAUGCCAUCCACCGCAGACACAUCAAGGCCCGCCGUGUCUGUGCCACCUUCAGGGAGCUGUCAGCUGAGUUCUGUCCCGGAGGCAGGCAGCAGGAACUGGGCCAUGAGCUCCUGCAAAUUGCUCUUUCCUUCCAAGGAAGACCUGUGUGAGCUCCUCCCUGGGGACAGGAGAUGGCACUGAGCCUGGCCAGAGUUACUGGCCCUAGAGUUGGCUGGGCUUGGGAUUGAAGUGGGGAGCCCAACACAGCGUCUUUUUUCCCAGCUCAUUGGGUUUUAGAAGACGUCUGACUCCUGAUGCCACAGGCAGCAUGAGUCCUAUGCAGGAACUGGUUGUGGUGGGAAUGCACCUCAGGUCAGUCCCCUUUGACCUGCACUGUAGCCAUUCUGCUUUGGUUAUUUGUCACAGUUUGAGGACAGUGGGAUAGUUUGGGCCUAAAAAGGCUAGAAACAUUUAAAACCAUUUUCUCCUUUAUCUGUCUCUCUUAAUGAAGUUUCACU